AUGGACCUCAUCCCACCAUUGAGAACGUGUACCUCGAAGGACUUCGGCACCCGAGCAGACCAAGCAAACUUUUCCAAAGCCAAGAAGGUCGUUUUGGCACUGCUAUCAUGCUUGAACGUGUUAAACCACCAAGUCGUGUCGAUGGACGUACCUGCUCGUAUCGCGUUGUUUCAAGGAUGCCUCGCUGCGUUGUGUCAGCGCCACCUGGCGCUGUCGGACCAAGCAGCUGUGGCCAAGAGGCGGGUGUCCGAGAUGAGCUACCAUUCGAUCAUCGCGCACACUCAGCGCUACAACAAGGCGUUCACCAUCCUUAGCAUUGACCUCUCUCGCGCGUUCGACACGACGGACCGCGAGAAGCUCCUUCAAGUCCUCGAGCAAAUCGACAAGCCCGACCAGCUCCGCCUCCUCGGCUCUAUUCGGUUUAACCCUCCGCACGCCGCCUUGGCGAGGAUAUUCCAGAGCUGGAAACUCUAA